ACAGCCGCAGUGAGCAGCUUUAAUACUAUGCUGGUUCCGGGGCGGCACUACAGUCGGCUCCGGUACGCUCUCUGUCGCCGCGACGAGAGAGACACUUUGAGCCCGCCUGCCAGCACCACCCCGCACCCUUCUCGAAGGAACCGCUCCUUUCUCCCAGGUCAUUGUCUGGAGUGAAAAGUACAGCAGUUCCUCCCAGCCAACCUGCAGAUAUACAGAACCAACAAUAACAAUGCAUGGCUUGUAAACCACUGAACAUGGCUCAAAGGAAGAGGCCAGGGACCAGCGGAGCACACACUAUGGCUCCUCCGGUCCCCACUCCCUGCCCCACACCUCAUCAUACGGAGUCAUGUGAUGUGAAAGCCCUCUCUGGUCGGCAGCGCCCGACCCGCUACCCGAAGGAAUCACAUGUUCCAAAGCCCCUUCCCCGCACCUGUAAGGCACAAUAUUCCUCUCCCAAGUGUGAGGACGUGGUUCCGAGCUGUCCAGUAGAAGACACAAUUGCAAAUGUUGAACUGAAGCGAUACGACAGUCAAACAGAUGCAGAAUUAGAGAACCAGCGACCACCAACCCCACAGGCGCCUGAACUUGAUCCUAAGCACAACCAAGUGGACGUCCAUGAUGGAGCUGACAGCCUGGAUGAUGACUCCAGCUCGGACUAUAUUAACAACACUUCAGAGGAUGAAGAAGACUAUGAUGACGGACUGGCAGAGGAGGAUGAAGGUGUUACUUACUACAUCCGGUACUGCCCCGAGGAUGACAGCUACAUGGAAGGGAUGGACUGCAGCAGCCAAGGAGAUUGUAACCACGGUCAUAGCCAAGAAGAACGUGUGGGUGGUGUGCAACAGAAUGAAAGCCACGCCGAGUGCCAGGAAGCUGUCGAAGGAUGGGCUGAGGAUGGUGAGGCAGAGGGACAUGUGAGAGAAGAGGAGUGGGUGAAAGAUAAGGAAGAAAGUGCAGCCAGGGAAGAAUGGAGGGGAGAAGAGGGAGGGGAGAGAGGGGAGUGGAGGGAAGGAGAUGAGGAUGGUGUAGAGGAGUGGACAGAGGAGGAUCCAGGCCGGCAAGAGCAGUGGGCUAGUAGUGAUAGGCACAGAGUUGAGGAGUGGGCUGAAGGUGAGGGCGAGGUACGCUGUGAGGUCGUGGAGCAAGACCCUGAUGAACACAUAUACAAUGGCCGACCAGAGCCAAUAUUGGAGUACAACCAUCACAAUCACCACCAUCACCAACCUCCCAUGCAAGAUGUCACCCAGCAGGGUGACGAAGAGGACGCAGAGAGUGAGGAGUACUGCCCAAACGAAGAGGCGUACGAGGAAGAAGAUGACGACAAGAGUCAUGGGAGGGCCUACACUGGGGACUAUUACGCGCCAGAGGACAACGGCAACUCGGUAUGUGCGUCUCCAUUCCGAGGACGUAAGGUGUUGGUGGUGGAGGGGGAAACAGGUGAAGAGGCGGAAGAGGACAUUGACCAAAUCGUCGCUGAGAUCAAGAUGAGUAUGAGCAUGGGGAGUCUUAGCAGUGGUACUGACCAAAGCCCGGAGGAGCUGGCACAGGACCCGCCCACAGGUGAAUACACUAACGCCAAGCCGGACGCAGCCCCUUACCCGCCAGCUCACCACCGCCAUGACAGCAGACCCAAGUCUCUCAACCUACCUUCCGUGCAUCAUAACAACCCAGACCUCCAGAGGGGCCUCAAGGUCCAACCCCAUUCCCAUGAAGAUCGACAGAGAUGGCAACAGGAGCAGGUGAGCAACAGCGCAGAGCAGCCAAGAAAACAGCAGCGCUCCGAUCUGAAUAUUCCACUGGAGAACAACAACGUACCAGACACUACCAAAAAGGUGACAUCCUUCCCCAGCUUUGUUGAUGUCCCAGGACCCUGCGAGCCAGAAGACCUGAUUGAUGGAAUCAUCUUUGCCGCUAACUACCUGGGCUCGACUCAGCUGCUGUCUGAGAGGAACCCUUCCAAGAACAUACGCAUGAUGCAGGCCCAGGAGGCAGUCAGCAGGGUUAAGAGGGUGCAGAAGGCUGCCAAAAUCAAGAAAAAGGCGAGUCCAGAGGGAGACGCUCAAACUCUGACUGAAGUCGAUCUGUUCAUCUCCACUCAGAGGAUCAAAGUCCUCAAUGCAGACUCACAGGAAACGAUGAUGGACAAUGCACUACGCACCAUAUCCUACAUCGCUGACAUCGGAAACAUUGUGGUACUAAUGGCGAGGCGUCGCAUGCCCCGCACGGCCUCCCAGGACUGCAUCGAAACCACACCUGGGGCGCCUGAAGCGAAGAAGCAGUACAAGAUGAUUUGCCAUGUCUUUGAGUCGGAGGACGCCCAGCUCAUCGCUCAGUCCAUCGGCCAGGCUUUCAGUGUCGCGUAUCAGGAGUUCUUGAGAGCCAACGGCAUUAACCCAGAAGAUCUGAGCCAAAAGGAGUACAGUGACAUCAUCAACACCCAGGAGAUGUACAAUGAUGACCUCAUUCACUUCUCCAACUCUGAAAACUGCAAAGAGCUGCAGCUGGAGAAGAGUAAAGGCGAGAUCCUGGGCGUCGUGAUCGUGGAGUCAGGUUGGGGUUCCAUCCUCCCCACGGUCAUCUUAGCCAACAUGAUGAACGGCGCCCCGGCGGCACGCUCAGGCAAGUUGAGCAUCGGCGAUCAGAUCAUGUCCAUCAACAACACCAGCCUCGUAGGGCUGCCGCUCGCCACCUGUCAGGGAAUCAUCAAGGGUUUAAAGAACCAGGUGCAGGUGAAAAUGAACAUUGUCAGCUGCCCUCCUGUUACGACCGUCCUCAUUAAGAGACCUGACCUCAAGUAUCAGCUGGGCUUCAGUGUGCAGAAUGGAAUAAUAUGUAGUCUUAUGCGGGGGGGCAUCGCUGAGCGAGGAGGGGUCCGGGUUGGCCACCGGAUCAUCGAGAUCAACGGGCAGAGUGUGGUGGCCACAGCACAUGAGAAGAUUGUCCAGGCUCUCUCAAACUCUGUUGGCGAGAUCCACAUGAAGACGAUGCCUGCAGCCAUGUUCCGACUCCUCACGGGCCAAGAGACACCGAUGUACAUAUAAAAGCCAUGAACAGAUUGUCGUCUAAUUGUAAAAAAAAGAAGCAACCUCUUAUUGUACAAACUCAAAAGGUUAAUUCAUUCCUCGACGUCUCUACACUUUUUUGUUUUUUUCCUUAUCUGUUUGUCUCGUUUGUGUUAAAUCAAUAACAUAAAAGGACUCACAGCUAUUUUUUUAUACCCACGCACGUAAUUCAAUACACUUCUGCUAUGCUUCUUGUAUAGUUGCAUUAUUUAUUUCCUGUGUGAAUACUUCUAUGUGGGACAUUUUUACUGAAAUCCUUUGCUCAGUGCAAAGCAGACGACUUUGCAAGACGUCCCACAUAUUGCCGGUGCAAUAUGGACGGGUUUUAUGGUUCGAAAUAAUGAAUUUAAAGAUGGUUUGUUGAUAAAAUGUACGCUAUAUUGCCAAAAGUAUUUGGCCAAAAACCAAGCACACUAGAGAAGUUCUCUGGAGUGAUGCAUCACACUUUCCAAUCUGGCAAUCUGAUGGACCAGUCUGGGUUUGGACAUUGCCAGGAGAACGGUACAUUUUGAACUGCAUUGUGCCGAGUUUGAAAUUUGGUGGAGGAGGAAUUAUGGUGUGGGGUUGUUUUUCCAAUUGUCCGUUUUGGACAAUUCCAUGCUCAGAACCUUGUGGGAACAGUUUGGAGCGGGGCCCUUUCUCUUCCAACAUGACUAGGCACCACUGCAGAAAACAAAUACCAUAAAGACGUGGAUGAACUUGACUGGCCUGCACAGAGUCCUGACCUGAACCCGAUAGAACACCUUUGGGAUGAAUUAGAACAGAGACUGAGAGCCAGGCCUUCUCGACCAACAUCAGUGUGUGACCUCACUAAUGCGCUUUUGGAAGAAUGGUCAAAAAUUCCUAUAAACACACUCCGCAACCUUGUGGACAGCCUUCCCAGAAGAGUUGAAGCUGUAAUAGCUGCAAAAGGUGGACCGACAUCAUAUUGAACUCUGUGGGUUAGGAAUGGGAUGUCACUUCGGGUUCAUAUGUGAGUCAAGACAGGUGGCCAAAUACUUUUGGCUAUAUAGUGUAAAUAAUAAUGAAACUGGUGUGUGCAGCAGGGGCUCAAAGGAGAAAUGCCAUAUUAUUGUAUGUUUGGUUGACUUUAUUUACAAACCCCGUUUCCAUAUGAGUUGGGAAAUUGUGUUAGAUAUAAAUAUAAACAGAAUACAAUGAUUUGCAAAUCAUUUUCAACCCAUAUUCAGUUGAAUAUGCUACAAAGACAACAUAUUUGAUGUUCAAACUGAUAAACAUUUUUUUUGCAAAUAAUCAUUAACUUUAAAAUUUGAUGCCAGCAACACGUGACAAAGAAGUUGGGAAUGGUGGCAAUAAAUACUGAUAAAGUUGAGGAAUGCUCAUCAAACACUUAUUUGGAACAUCCCACAGGUGUGCAGGCUAAUUGGGAACAGGUGGGUGCCAUAAUUGGGUAUAAAAGCAGCUUCAAUGAAAUGCUAAAUAAUUCACAAACAAGGAUGGGGCGAGGGUCACCAAUAUGUAAGCAAAUUGCCGAACAGUUUUAGAACAUUUCUCAACGAGCUAUUGCAAAGAAUUUAGGGAUUUUACCAUCUACGGUCUGUAAAAUCAUCAAAAAGUUUAGAGAAUCUGGAGAAAUCGCUGCACAUAAGCGAUGAUAUUACAGAUUUUUGAUCCUUCAGGCGGUACUGCAUCAAAAACCGACAUCAGUGUGUAAAGGAUAUCACCACAUGGGCUUCGAAACACUUCAUAAAACCACUGUCAGUGACUACAGUUGGUCGCUACAUCUGUAAGUGCAAGUUAAAACUCUACUAUGCAAAGCAAAUCCCAUUUAUCAACAUUACCUGAAACGCCGCCGGCUUGGCUGGGCCCAAGCUCAUCUAAGAUGGACUGAUGCAAAGUGGAAAAGUGUUCUGUGGUCUAAAGAGGCCACAUUUCAAAUUAUAUUUGGAAACAGAGGACGUGGUGUCCUCCAGAACAAAGAGGAAAAUAACCACUCAGAUUGUUAUAGGAGCAAAGUUGAAAAGCCAGCAUCUGUGAUGGUAUGGGGGUGUAUUAGUGCCCAAGGCAUGGGUAACUUACACAUCUGUGAAGGCACCAUUAAUGCUGAAAGGUCCAUACAGGUUUUGGAGCAACAUAUGUUGUCAUCCAAGCAACGUUAUCAUGGACGCCCCUGCUUAUUUCAGCAAGACAGCGUGGCUUUGUAAAAAAAGAGUGCGGGUACUUUCCUGGCCCGCCUGCAGUCCAGACCUGUCUCCCAUGGAAAAUGUGUGGCGCAAUAUAAAACGUAAAAUACGACAGCGGAGACCCAGACUGUUGAACGACUGAAGCUCUACAUAAAACAAGAAUGGGAAAGAAUUCCACUUUCAAAGCUUCAACAAUUAGUUUCCUCAGUUCCCAAACGUUUAUUGAGUGUUGUUAAAAGAAAAGGUGAUGUAACACAGUGGUGAACAUGCCCUUUCCCAACUACUUUGGCACGUGUUGCAGCCAUGGAGUUCUAAGUUAAUUAUUAUUUCCCCAAAAAAAAUAAAGUUUGUGUUUGAACAUCAAAUAUGUUGUCUUUGUAGCAUAUUCAACGGAAUAUGGGUUGAAAAGGAUUUGCAAAUCCUUGUAUUCCGUUUAUAUUUACUCUAACACAAUUUCCCCAACUCAUAUGGAAACGGGGUUUGUACAUGGCAAUACACACUAAAAGACCGAGGACUUUUAUAAACAUCUUGUACAAAUUUAAAUGACAAUAACGAGUAAGAUGCGUCAAUUAUGCUUUUUGAUAUCAGUUACCUGUAUGGACAAAAAUGUGUGUCCGUCUGCUUUUUGCUGUGUGUGUUGGUCGUUGCUGUUCCGGACUGAAGUGAAUGUAACCUUGUAGUGUGAGCCGUCCUAUUGCCAUGCCAAGUAUUUGAAUGUCUGUACAUAAUGAGAAAAAAAAACAAAAAACGUGUCAAGUAUUGUGCUAAUCAUGUCAAGAGAAAAGAGUGACUCACGAUGGUUUAGUCACUGCAAACAUCCUCCCACUUGUGCGUUUAGUGUUGGAGUCCUGGUAGGGAAGAACGGAACGAAGACUCACACUGUGACCGAGAAAAAGAGACAAAAAAAAGCCUUAGCACACAGAGUAAAGGCUUUUAACGAUGCACUGUAUUCCAUUUAAUGACGGUAACAUGACCUGUGUGCAUGCCUCGUGAUGUAGUAUCAUGUCAUCCUGGGAAGGUAAUAAAAUUGGAGCUGAA